CGGGAACUGUUCUGAAAUGUCUUUACUAGCCGAUACUCAAGCCAAAAAGCGGAAGAAGUCGUUGGCAGCCGGGCUUGACGCUGAGGAACCGCGAGCAAAAAAGUCCCGUAAAGAGGGCAAGGACAAAAAACAGAAGAAGAACGACAAGGGCAGGACCAGGGACAGCGAUGGCCAGUUCAGAGUCGUCCGGGCGUCAAUGGUGGUGUCUAUACCGCCUGUAUUCGCCAGUGAUCCUCGGGCGGGCGUGGAGGAAAUGUUGGAUUCCAUGGUUAUGAGAUAUGUGCCGGCGCUGCAGGGAGUUGUCCUCGUACACUCAAAUCUACAAUUCCUCGACCGAAAAGCUUCCAUCAAAGCAGACUGUCCGUACGCUGUGUGUCCAAUAGACUUCGAUGCAACCGUCUGGAGCCCAAGUGUCGGAAUGAAACUCCUGGGCAGAGUCAACCUCUGUUCGCCCGAUCACGUAUCUUUACUCGUGCAUCGCACGUUCAACGUUUCAAUACCUCGUCAUCACAUACCGACGGAUCACUGGGAGUUCGAGUACGGGCCUGCGGAGAACGAUCCCGAGUUCGGUCCCCACGCCGUCCGCGAAGAUGGGGACGAUGCAAUGAAUGAGGGUGACAAUGCCAAGGGUGAAGAUACCCAUGAGAUAGAAGGAGGAGGGAGAUGGGUUCAUAAGGUUACUGGUGACCGGCUGGGCGGUCCUGAUCGACAGCUCGAAUUCACAGUCAUCGGGCUUACUGUCGCAAACAACAUGCUGUCCCUGAUUGGGUCAAUUCAACCAGAUCCUUUCUCUCCGGAACAUAUACCUGCGAACGCGUCGUCAGCGCAAGCAGCAACGGAGGAUGCCGAUGUCGCAGCCGAAGAUGUCGACCUCGAAGACGAAGCAGGCACGGACGACGGGGAAGACAGUGACGAGGAUGACGAUCCGUUCGCCAAGCUAGGUAAAAUGGGAGAUGCAGCUGCUCAGAGGCAGGCCGAGGAAGCCCAAGCUUCCAAGAUGGAGAAGGAGAACGAGAGGACAGAGAAGAGGAAAAGAAAGGAGGAGAAUGCCGGUACUUCGGAAUCGAAACAUGCCAAGAAAAAGAAAAAAGCGUAGGAGGGUCUUGCCUUCAUUGCGCUGGCUUUGUUGUGGACGCUUCGGCGUGGGCUAGCAGACGGAAUGAUGAUUCCUUGGGUCAUUCAGGUUUUCAUCACAGACUGUUUGAAGCCGCCCGAUACCCAUUACAUCAAGCCUUUUGGGAGUACGGCCUCCAUGUCUUGUAAUAACUGUUAUUACCUGAUAUAUUCCUUUGGCAGUCCACCGGCCG